UCUCCCAUGCCAUGGAUCAUCCCUUUUCAACACCAUCAAAGGAUGGGGAAGGAGCGUGCUACACAUCUCUGAUUUCCGACAUCUGUUAUCCACCUCAGGAGGAUUCCACAUAUUUCACUGGAAUUCUUCAGAAAGAAAAUGGCCACGUCACCACAUCCGAGAGCCCUGAGGAGCUGAGUACCCCUGGGCCCUCCUUACCAGACGUGCCUGGGACGGAGCCUCACGGCUUAUUUAGUUCUGAUUCUGGAAUAGAGAUGACUCCUGCAGAGUCCACCGAAGUGAACAAGAUCUUAGCAGACCCCCUGGACCAGAUGAAAGCAGAAGCUUACAAGUACAUUGACAUAACCAGGCCGGAGGAGGUGAGCUAUCAGGAGCAACAUCACCCCAAGUUGGAAGAGAAAGACUUUGACUUUAAGAAUAAGGACACUGAAAUCUCAAUAAAAUCUGAAAAGGCCCGUGAACCAGAGAAACCAGCUCCUGUGGAGGGAAAAAUCCUCAAGGACCAUUUAUUUGAAGAAUCAACAUUUGCUUCUUAUAUAGAUGAUCUCUCUGAAGAGCACCAUAGAGCCUCCGUGGUCACUGCCCCCAUCAAAAUCACGCUGACUGAAAUUGAGCCUUCUGUUGAAACUGCUACCCAAGAGAAGACCCCCGAGAAGCAAGAUGUCUGUCUGAAACCGAGUCCUGACACAGUCCCUACUGUCACCGUCUCAGAGCCUGAAGAUGACAGCCCAGAAUCCAUCACUCCUCCGUCUUUCGGAACAGGUAAGGAAACUUGUAUUCCCUACCUUGGAAAGAUCCAGCACAUGGAAAUCUGAAUAUUAAGAA